AUGGGUAAAAGUGACUUUUGUUGUGCCCAUGGUUGCUCGAAUAACCGUAAACGAAAUCCAGAAUUAAAGUUCUACAGAAUUCCAAAAGAAGAAAGGCGGAGAAGAGCUUGGUUGCAACGUAUAAGACGCGAGAAUUUCACUCCAACAGACAACACUCGUCUUUGCUCAGUGCACUUUGUUGGAGGUGCAAAGUCUGACGAUCCAAGUGACGAGGUAACUGAAGCAAGAGGGAGACCACAACAAGACCAGUUUGCUAUUGAAGACCACAACAUCUGGGGAAGCUGCUUACCUUCAAGCCACAACUUGAAGGAACACGACUACUGCAAGCUUCGAGUUGAUCCUGAGUCUCUCAAAGUGGAUCAGUUAGUCGUAGAUGAAAUGGUUUUGCUGAACAGGAAAAUUGCUGAUCUAAAAAAGGAAAAUAACUAUCUUCGCAGCAAAUGUCUUAUCCUUGAGAAUAUCAAGCUGGAUGAUAAGAGGUUUCAGUUUUGGACUGGCUUUCCAAAUUAUGCCACCUUCAAAGCCCUCUUUGAUUACUUAGAUUGUGUGGCCCUUCAGAAAAAGAAAAAUUGGAGAGGAUCUGAGAUGAAAUCCAAAAUUCUGACAUCAGAAAAAAAUGCCCAAGAUCCAAACUUACUUUAG